UUUAGAGCCCGGUGAAAUUCCUCCGAUUGGAAGCCAUUAUACUCAUACUAGGCAGGGGUUUGCGGUCAUGGGAUGUGGCGUGUCUAAAUUAUCAAUUCCUUCAUCUACUGGAGAAGUUGCAGAUAACCACCUUGAAAAUGGUCGAGCUUCAGCCUUAAAUGAACCUGAUCAAGGCAACAUAACUGCCGGCCAUAAAUCUCCAGAGACCCAUAGUACGAGACCCACGACGCCAAGAAGCACAGACAGUGGUGAUAAACAUUCUUCUUGUAGUGAUAAUGAAAGUGACGUCAGACAAGUCUCCCCUAUACGGAUCAGAGCGGAUAGCGGGAGGGACGCGCUGCCUAAUCUAAGCCCUGCUGUAGCCGAGAUGAAAAAAGGCUUUGUGGCCUUCGAUAUCCCGUUGAACGAUUCGCAGAAUGUCGAAAUGGACAAUAUACUUAAGAAACCAUUACCGAGGCGCCUAAGGCGCUUAGAGCCACUGGGAAAUGCUCCGCUAAUUACCACGGAAAUGCUUAUGGAAAAGUUAGAAAAAGCCGAAGCAAAAAGACGAAAGGUACUAUUGAGAAGAGGAUGUAGUUGGAGAAUGCGCUGA